AGAAGAAAUAAACUUGUGGCACUUCAAGCACACAUAGACAUAAUUUAAAAGAGUUUAACAUUAAUUAGAAUCCAUUAGAAAGAUUAUUAGAACUAUCUGCACUGGCAUGCAAGUUGCUAUGGAACUUGAAGAUGAUCUUUUCUUUCAAGAUUUGAGCAAGGAAAUUGCUCUCUUAAUUAUGGAAGAAGAAGAAGAAGAAGAAGAACAAGACACUCUUAUUAUUACUUCUCCUGCAGAAUCUCUUCAGGCAUUUUCUGGAGCAAUAUAUCCUACUAAACCGCCACAAUUUGCAUUUUUCUAUGGACAAUCUUUGAAGAGAGAGAGCAAAGGAACAGGGGUGUUCAUCCCACAGGCAACACAACCAAGAAGAAAUAAGAACAGAAGAGGGAGAUCCAAUAAUUCAUAUGCAAAAUUUCAAAAGCACUCUCAAUUAGAUACAACAAGAAUGGUUGUUUCUCAACCACCCAACAAGAAUUCUUUCAAGCCUUCCCAGAAAUAAUUAUUAUUAUAAUGUCUGAGGAUUUCAAAAAUUAAACUGAAUAAUUUUGCAAAAGUCUCUCUAAUUAUUUGAUUUCCUGCGCCAGAAUUAGUUAUUUGUUUGUCAAAAUUCUUUAGCCUCUAGGCAAUAUUUAUUAUUCGGUGAAAACUCAUGUGAAGUCGAUUUCACGUGAAGUUGA